UCCGCCCCGCCACUUCCGGUCCCGCCGCCGGGAGCCGGUGCGGCUGUUAGGCCCGCGUCUCGCCGCCGCCGCCGGCCGGGCAUGGUGUUGGGCGCCGGCCCGCCUCGCCUGUCUCGGGGUGCUGAGAGUAAAGGUGGUAGUAAUGCUAACGCUGGCAAGCAAACUGAAGCGAGAUGACGGUCUCAAAGGGCCCCGGACAGCUGCUGCUGCGUCUGACUCCACGCGGAGAGUUUCCGUGAGAGACAAGUUGCUUGUUAAAGAAGUUGCAGAACUUGAAGCUAAUUUACCUUGUACCUGCAGAGUGCACUUUCCUGAUCCAAACAAGCUCCACUGCUUUCAGCUCACCGUCACCCCAGAUGAGGGUUACUACCAGGGUGGAAAAUUUCAGUUUGAAACUGAAGUUCCUGAUGCGUACAACAUGGUGCCUCCCAAAGUGAAAUGUCUGACCAAGAUCUGGCACCCUAACAUCACAGAGACAGGGGAGAUAUGUCUGAGUUUGCUGAGAGAGCAUUCUAUCGAUGGCACCGGCUGGGCUCCCACCAGAACGCUCAAGGAUGUUGUUUGGGGAUUAAACUCUUUAUUUACUGAUCUUCUGAACUUUGACGACCCACUGAACAUCGAAGCUGCAGAGCAUCACCUGCGGGACAAGGAGGACUUCCGGAGUAAAGUGGACGACUACAUCAAGCGUUACGCCAGAUGAUAGGAGGAGAGGAUUGCGGGCCCGUGGACUGUGUCACAGCUCGUGUCUAAUGCGGAACAGCACGAGGUAGCCCUGCUCCCGUCCUCACACUCCCUCUGCCCACGGGGUCGCCCCAGGCCUGUGACCACGUUGUCCCGAAGACGACCGUCCUCCUGACUCCAACUGUAGAUGGCGGAUGAACACAAAUACAGCAAGAAAGCCUUUGGGCCUCUAGAGAGCUGUCUGCUUCCCUUACCAUGUUUACUCCUGAAGCUGUGCUGUCUAGGCUGCCUGCGAGACUUCUCAGAAGUUGUCAUGAGCUCAACCCUGAGGCUAGCGCUUGCUUCCCCUUCCCAACCGAACCGGUCCCUGCACAAGUGAUGUAAUGAUGUGUUCAGUGUAACUCGCAGAUUGGCAAUAAGAAACCCGCUGCAAACUGAGAUUGGAUGCACAUUCUCUUAGCUUCCUCCAUGAAGGUUGGCCCUGCCUAGAUGUGAAGCUUCCCAGAAUGCAUUGCCAUUCACUGUAGAUCUUACUGAAAUGCGUAUUUUAUUUAAUGUAAGUAUAUUUUGGAACAGAUUUGUAAUUUGUACAAUUGAAUGCUUUAAUUAUUUUUUUCUAUUCUCAUUUAGUUUGUAUUUUCAUUGUAUAGAGCAGACACAAGCAACUCUUGAAGAGAAAUACAAAGAAACUGAAAGACACAUUAGUCAUUCUCUCCGAGUGCAGCAGAAGGCAGCCCCUAAACAGCUGCUGCUCUCAUGUCCAGAUGUGGCGAGGAUGUUUUGGAGCCCUUGGAAGCUAGAUCUGGAUGAUAAAAAUAAAAGGCAGGGCUUGGGGCUCAGGCCAGCCGGGGUUGGGGGUCCUGCGGUGGGCAUGAGCGUGGGCCUGUGGCUGCCUAUCAGAGCCUCAGAGCCCUGUCCUGCAAGAGACAGGAGGCGCCUUGGGAGACCGCCCCGUGUCUGAUGCCACGAGACUGAGCUGUGGCCAUCCCGAGUUGGCUGGGUGUCAGGCCCUGGGAGCAAGCCCCUCCCCGCCCCCCAGCCAUGGAGGGCCAGGCGCCAGGCCCAGCAUGUGCCAUGCGUGGUCAGGUUGAUACGCUUCAGAGGAAGAGCCUUGAAGAGAGGAAGUGGAUUGUUCUGGCAUUUAGACAUUUGAGCCAGUGAAAUCAAAUGCAAAAUAAAUGUCUGUCUGGUUUCA